AUGGAGGAGCAAGAAAACUCCAUACCGCAGAUUGAUCCUCUCGACAAGGAAAUCGCAUCUUUAAAGAAGCGAGUCGCCGCCAUGCAGAAACGACUCCAGAUUGAAUGCUCCACCAUCCUCUCCUCCACGCCGAUACAAAACAUAAUCCAAGAGGCCUCUUCGACCUCAUCCUCCUCCUUGCUGAAAUCCACUCUCGCCACCAAGCAACCCGACACGGCCUCCUCCCUUCAGAAACGCUCCGCCCAGCAGGCCGCCUACAUGCAGCAGUGCACGUACCGCAUCGCCGCGCCCAUCACCGCCUUCAAGAUCCGCGAUCCGGACCCCAACGCCGUCGACGGCGGCCACGUCCUCGGCAUCCGCUUCGAGGUCAUGUCCCAGGGCCACUUCCUGCGCCCGUACUACGUCAUGUUCAACCGCCCGUACCCGGACUCCGCACACCUCCGCGUCCACCGCCACACCGUGCCGCCUGCCAUCCCCGUCGGCGGGCUCGCGGCGCGGCACCUGCCGCCGCCGCGCUCCGUGGACGCGCAGCAGCAGCAGACGACGCAGGAUCUGGAUCGCUUCGCCAGAGCCAUGCGCAGAGAGAUUGUGCGCUUCCACAAUCGCCUCGGCCUCACGGCGGACCUGCGCAAGACGGUUGGCCUGCAGCGCAAGAGCAGAGGCGCGGGAGCUGCGGUCGCGCCGAAGGAUGUUGUCGAGGCGGGCAUCGCGGACGUCGAGGCCAAGCACGUCAAGCUCGCGUGGGCGGACGGCCGCAGCGGCCGCAUCCUGAUGGACCAGGACGGCAAGGUGGAAAAGUUUGUCGUCUUCGGGCCCGAGGGGCGAGAUUGGAGGAUGACGAGAUUGUUGUUUGAUCCAAGAGAUGGCGUGGAUGAUAUAGCGAGGAAACUACGGCGUUAUGCGGAGACGUGA